GCUUUGCCCAGGGGUUAAUACUUACCGGUUAAUCCGAAUACAUAUCCUGUCCGUUGCAACAACUUCGAAUUUUUCUUCUUUGAACCGCCAACCCAAUGGAUAUUCACGAAGACAAACACCAAAGCGAUUUCUUCACUCCUGCUGACUUUGUGGACCAGGUGGCUUCUGGCAUUUCAGUCUUCAAGGUCAAUACUUCGAGCGAUGGCCAGCAACACGAACAACAACAAGAACAAUAUCCAGCCUGCGGAGAAAGCCCGUCCCGUGGUUUCUCUGCGCUGCAUGCGACCCAGAUCGCCGGUGUAAAGUCUCUGAUGCUAGCUCUCCAUUGUCUUUUCCCUAAUGAACUCCUGCUCGCUUUGGAUAUCCUUGAUCGAGGGUUGGUAAGACGUUUAGUAUCGACUCACGACGCGACGAAUCGCCCCACGACCCAGGCCUCGUCGGUAAGAUCGAUGGAGGAUGUAUUUCUGGUGAGUUCAACCUCCGGGGUUCUCACGACGCAACCGUCUUCGCGAUAUCACCCCUACAAGACAGAUAGCGAGACAAAAGCGUACGAAGUCCGCCUGCAAGCCUGGAGUUGCACAUGCCCUACCUUCACAUUGGCUUCAUUUCGUGGGCCAUUGUCACCCGCACCUGAGAUGACCUCCUUAUCCACUGUUGCUACUGCUUCUGCUAUCGAGUUAUCGCCACGCCGGGAUUAUGCAAUCUCCCAUGGUUCUUACCCAUUCGGGGGUAUGUUGGCACGCGGAUCGGUCCGGUCUUCACCCCCCGUUUGCAAGCACCUCCUUGCGAGUUGGCUGGCUGUUCGCUGUCCCAGUCUGUUGGGUAAGGGGAAUGACGGCUUCGUCUGUGUCAGCGCGGAGGAGUUGGCGGGCUGGUGUGCCGGCUGGGGCGGCUGAAGCCCGUGUCAUAUUUGUGCCACGAGUCAGAGGGGGCUCCAGCGUGGUCACCUCCAGGGAGUUGAUUGCCUCACUACAAGAUCAGGGUGCGGUGUUAACAGCCUACGGUACAACUGAAUACUCAGCACGA